AUCUUCUUCUUUCUAAAGGCUACGUAUUUCAGUUGCAAUUGCCUUUCAAUGUCACCCAUACAUAUAUUUCAAAAAACAAAAGCAUAACAAUUGAAUGAAGAUGGAAGAAAUACCAACUCUUCCUCAAGACAUCAUCGUUGAAAUUCUCAUCAGGUUACCUCUCAAAACUCUCUUGAAAUUCACGUCUGUUUCGAAAUCAUGGCUUUCUUUACUCUCAGAUUCGCAAUUCCAUAAAACCCAUAUCAAUUUUUCUAUGAACAACCCCAAAAUUACUGACUUCACACUUGCUGCUGUACCCACUGUUUCUGGUUUGGGAAAAAUUUGUCAUGUCUACACUAUACGCUCUGAAAAUUCAUCUGUUAUUGUGUCUAAACAUGAGUGUCCUUCUAAGACUCUGUCUCUCUCGGCUUGGAUUUUGGGGUCUUGUAAUGGGUUAAUUUGCUUAACUACUGAUUCGUUUAAUUUAAUGUUAUUGAAUCCGUGUACCGGAAAGUUCAAUGUAUUUCCUGAUUUGAUGAUCGAGUAUGAAGUUGGUGAUGGUGGUGUGCAUAUUAGAUAUGGAUUUGGCUAUGAUGCAUAUGCGGAAGAUUAUAAGGUUGUUAAGAUGUUUAGUUUUCCUCGAAUCGAUAAUGAGGGAAAACAUGUUAAUAUGGCUAGUGUUUAUAGUUUAAAGGGUAAUUCUUGGUCAAGUAUUCAGGGUUUUGAUAGUGGUCAUGUAAAUGGAAAUGUUGGUGUGUUUGCGAAUGGGGUUUUUCAUUGGGAAGGAUGUUAUGAUUAUGUUUCGGGUGGUGUUUCGUCGGAGAUCGUUACGUUGGAUUUGGCUAAAGAGAGAUAUGGGAGAAUAGCUCUGCCUAGUUAUGAAGGUGGAGGUAUUCAUUGGACAUUAGGUGAAUCAAGGGGACGUUUAGUUGCUUGUUGCAAUUAUGAAUCGAAUAAGGCAGAUAUGUGGGUGAUGAAGGAAUAUGGUGUAGAGAAAACAUGGACUAAAUUGGUUACCAUCUCAUCACCGGAUGAUGGUAGAGUUAAUAUCUCGCCGUUGUUUGUGGCAGAGAAUGGUGAUGAGGUUUUGGUGAAGCUUGGCACAGAGGUGACACUGUACAAUUCAAGGAAUGCAUCAUUCAAGCGAAUUGCCGAUUAUGUGUCGACCGAUGAUUUUCUUCAAGUUCAAGUGGCUACCUACUUAGAGAGCCUUGCUUCACCUCAUAUUUAGUGAACCUGAUGACAGGUUACAAACAUCUUGAAGGCAAAGAGAGAGAGGGUAAAUGAUCUUCCUGAUUGCCUGGUGCCCUGUUUUCAAAUUUGUUGAUAAUUUGUGUCAUGUCAUUGAGUCUUUUUGUAUUUUUCCUUAUCUUGUACAAGGUUCUACAAAUAUCAUGUUCAAUUGGAGUUCUAUAUUUGUAUACAACUCAUAUCUUGCAUCAUGUUGUUACAAAAUCCUUGAAUCCACUAAUGAUCAUCAAUGUUGAAUAGGAAAGAUUUGAGUGAUAAACAGUUACUUGAAUGCAUAUUAAAAAUGUACGUAAAUCAGGUUCUCGUGAGCUUCAUCGUAGAGUAAUUUGGUUCGUUUUGAUAA